AAAAAAAAGGUUAUUUUGGGAGAUUUUGUGCCUCAAAUGGAGGUGGAGUGACGCCCCCCUAUGGCCUGCUCGUCAGGACGGGUCUGGUGAGAAUCACAUGAUAAGGUGAUGAUCUGGAACAUUUAAGAGGGAUAUAUAAAUACACACACCCACUUUUCUCCUCAUACACAAAAUUAGAUACUGUAUACGACUGCAUGUAUCGAAUAAAAUGAAUACAAAUCAACUAUUACAUCCAUUACAUGUGCUAUAUAUUUAUAAUUAGCUUUACAGUUUGCUGACUGUGCGUUGCCAGAAGCUCGGCCUUUAAACUUUAUUUUGAAGGCGCCCCCUUCAACUGGAAGUCUUUUAUUUUGUUCCUCAUGAACCACGGGCAGCUUGUGCGGAAGUUGAACCCAGCACUAGUUGAAGGAGAACGAAACGCUUCUUCUUCUUCUUCUUCGUCUUGUUCUUUCUUUUUUUUUUCCUUCCUUCUUUUUCGGCCCUAAACCGCAACUUCCACCUUCCCGCAGAGGAACCGCCUUUUCCCGCGGAGCCUCCGCCCAUCUUCAGCCGACCUCCGAGCUCCUCCGUCGGCCUCGGGACUUGCGGGCGAUGGCUCGGCCGAGCCACGGCGAUCACGUCCUCCAGCAACUGAACAACCAGCGCGAGUGGGGCUUCCUGUGCGACUGCCUCAUCGCCAUUGGCGACAUCUACUUCCGGGCACACAAGGCCGUGCUGGCGGCCUGCAGCUCCUACUUCCGUAUGAUGUUCAUCCGCGACCAGCAGGGGGCGGCACGCCUGGACCUUAGCAACAUGCAGAUCAGUGCAGAGUGCUUCGAUCUGAUCCUGCAGCUCAUGUAUCUGGGACGCAUCGCGGCGGGGAGCUUUAACUUCGACGACCUCAAAGCGUCCAUGAUCUACCUGCAGAUGUACUACAUCCCCGACUCACUGGACGACCUGCGCGACAUCCGGGGCGCGUCCAACCUGACGCCGUCCUCGUCCGAGUGCUCGACGGCGGCGGCCGCCUGCGGGAAGAUGUUGUUCGGCGUUCGGAUGUACGAGCGGCAGAGGCCCGCCGCCGCUCAAGAUCCUGCCGACAGCGGCAAAAAAGUCUGCGGCUCUGCCAGGUACCUGGGCGUGCCGCCUGCGACCGAGGAAGCACCCAGCGCUGCCGUCCUCCCGAGCGUGGUGGACGGUGGGCAUACAGCGGAGCAACCGUGCGACCUGAGGAAGCGAAGUGUAGGAAGGAGCUCGGCCCUGAGGGAACGCCCUCGAUUCGGUCGCACCUUCACCUGUGACGACUGCGGCUUCGUCUUCAGCUGCGAAAAGCUUCUGAUCGAGCAUAUCCUCACCUGCACCAACCGCAAGACCUUCGCGCCCGCCCGCAGCCCAGAUGGCGACGACGACUCCGCCAAGGCCGAGAGCUCCGCUUCGGACAGCGCUGAAGAGCGCCGGAUGCUCGCCGACCUGCGCUCGGUCGCGGCGGGGCCGAGCGGCGGCGCGGGAUCCGCCUGCCGUGUUUCCAUCAAGACGGAACCCGGGGACGACCUCCGCCUGGAGGAGCGGGAGGCGGGCGCGGUUGUCGCACCGUGCGGGGUCGGGGUGCCAGACGACGAGGACCGCGAGGCGGUGCCUGGCGUCUCCGGCGUGGAGAAGGCAGCCGGCCGUUGCUUCAGUGCCAUGUCGGGAAGCGACUCCUCUGCCACGUCGCCCGAUGUUUUUGCGGUGAAAGAGGAGAGCACGGACGGCGCCCCGUGCGAGCUGUGCGGGGCUCCGCUGAGCGAGGACGACAAGUCGGCGCACUACCUGUCCAGCCACCUGGGCCACAUCUGCGCCUGCGGACGCUGCGGCCAAGUGCUGAUCAAGGGCCGGCAGCUCCAGGAGCACGCCGAGCGCUGCGGCGAGUCGGACGAGGCCGACGAGCCGCCCGGCGCCGAGCUGGCCUGCCCUCACUGCGGCCUGCCCUUCCAGAGCGAGAGCCUGGCGCUGGAGCACGCCCUCUCCUGCCCCCAUGAGGCCGAGGCCUUCCGGCCGGGUGGCGGGGGCGGGGGCGGCGGCGGAGGCCCCGACCACCGACGCAAGCAUUUCUGCGCCAUCUGCGGCAAAGGCUUCUUCCAGCGCUGCCACCUGCGCGAGCACUACACGGUGCACACCAAGGAGAAGCAGUUUACCUGCCAGACGUGCGGCAAGCGCUUCCUGCGUGAGCGGCAGCUGCGCCUGCACACGGACAUGCACCGCGGCGUGGCGCGCUACGUGUGCCCCGUGUGCGAGCAGGGCACCUUCCUCAAGCACGACCACGUGCGCCACAUGAUCUCGCACCUGACGGCCGGCGAGACCAUCUGCCAAGUGUGCUUCCAGAUCUUCCCAGGCGGCGAGCAGCUGGAGGAGCACAUGGACGUGCACCUCUACGUGUGCGGCGUGUGCGGAGACAAGUUCCGCCUGCGCAAGGACAUGCGCACGCACUACAACCUCCAGCACACCAAGAGGCUGUAGACCGCCUGUUCGGGGGAUCCCGAACGCCGCUAGGAAGAAACGGUACGUUGAUUUCAGGGUUGUAUUUGUCCUGUGACCCAGCUCAAGAGUCGAUCUCAAGGCAAUGCUUUACAAACGUCGUCAAUACGGGUGACGGCGGCCACAGUGACGCUCCCUCGAAAGCCUCAGGCGGAUACUGACGCUGCAAUGACAUUUUUUUUUUUUAAAUCUGCACUUUGAACCCUCAUCUUCCCACGCUCCUGAUCGGUAGACGUGUUGUGGGGGCGGGGCCGAGACAUCGGACGAAACGGGAUUCCUUGUGGACUUGAAAGUGUUGCCUUGCUGUUGCCGCCACUGCCGAUGAUGAUGAUGAUGGUGGUUGUUGACGACGGCUCAUCAACUGAACUGACCUGAGCUCGGAGGCGGUCCCGUUGUGCUGCCGGACCCGAACGGACCAUCGAGAGUGUUCACUUUGGCGACAUUUGGAAUAAACAACUGCACACCUUGCAAAA